AUGGGGUUCGGGAGCCGCUUUGGGGUCGCUCUGCUCUGCUGGGUGUUGGCUUCGGCCGCAUCCUCCGAUCCCUGGGGUUUUCCCUCGCGGAAUUCCGGGACGUGGCAGCUGCGGGGUGACUCCCCCAGGUCGCAGCCCUGGGCGCGGGUGGAUCUGUCGCAGCUGCGGGCGCUGUCCCCGCGCCCCGCGGUGGCCGUGCGCUGCCAGGAGGGGCAGCUGGCGGUCACCGUGCGCAGGGACCUCUUUGGCACCGGGCGCCCGGUGCGGGCAGCGGAGCUGAGCCUGGGCACGGCCUCCUGCCCGCCCCUGCCCCCAAACCCUGCCCAGGCCUUUGUUACCUUCGUGGCCGCGCUGCACGAGUGUGGCAGCACCCUGCAGGUGACCUCGGACUCCCUGAUCUACAGAACCACCCUGUUCUACAAACCCACCCGUUCUGGCAACCCCCUUAUCGUGAGGGCCACCCCUGCUGAGGUCCCCAUUGAGUGUCACUACCCCAGGAGGAGCAACGUGAGCAGCGGUGCCGUGCACCCCACGUGGGCCCCGUUCCGCUCCACGGUGGCGGUAGAGGAGCGGCUCCAGUUCUCCCUGCGCCUCAUGGAUGAUGAGUGGAGCAGGGAGAGGCUCUCCAAUGGCUUCCAGCUUGGGGACAGCCUCCGCUUCCAGGCCGAUGUCACCUCGGAGGGCCACGUGCCCCUGCGACUCUUCGUGGAUCAGUGCGUGGCCACCGCCACCCCCGACAGGAGCGUGUCCCCUCGCUACGCCUUCAUCGACCUGGCCGGGUGCCUGGUGGACAGCAGGGCAGAGGACACCAGCUCAGCCUUCGUGUCCCCGCGGCCCCGGCCGGAGUCGCUGCGGUUCCUGGUGGAUGCCUUUAAAUUCGCUGGAGACACCGGGAAUUUGCUCUACAUCAGCUGCCACCUGCGGGUGUCGCCGGCGGCUGAAGCCCCGAGUGCCCGGAACAAAGCCUGUUCCUUCAGCAGAGCCAGCGGGCUGUGGACACCUUUGGAGGGCACGGCGGCCAUCUGCAGCUGCUGUGACACCGGCAGCUGUCCCUCUCCCAGAGGAGAUUCCCGGGAGUUCCGCGCCCCGGCCGCACGGAUGGGCAGGCGCGUCAGGAGGGACGGCCCCGGGCAGAGAGGUGUGUCCCAAAGGUGUCCCCAGGGCCCGCCGGGGCCAACUGAGGCUGAUGUCUCUGUGGGACCCCUGGUAAUCCUGGAGCCUGCUCAGGGAUUAAGGAGCCCCUCUGGAAGUCCAGGAGCAGCUGGGAACACCCCCCAAGGUGCUGCUGGUGGAAUUCCUGUGGUGAUCCAGGGGCUCCUGCUGACAGUAGCCACCCUCCUGAGCCUGAGUGCCCUGGGAAUGCUCCUGUGGAUGUGCCGGAAAAGGCUCUGUCCUCUGGGAAUGUCCCAGUGA